UCCAUCUUCUUACACUAUUGCCACAAGACCAAUCUUCAUCAACUAUGGCUACCCAAUUCCUCAUUCUCACCCUUCUCAUCUUCUGCAGCACCCUCACUUUCACCACAGCCCAAGACACAGACACAGGUUUCGUAGGUUCACCAGAUCCCAAGACAUUAGGUUUAAAGAAAAAAAAAAGUUUUAGCCAUUUCCGGUUUUACUUCCACGAGAGGUUCUCGGGAAGCAACCCCACCUCCGUCUUUGUAGUUCCGCCUGUACCUAAGUUCAACUCCACCACCUCUUUCGGCACGGUGGGGGUCUUGGACACCACCUUGACAGUGGGACCGGAGCCAACCUCCAAGGUCGUGGGAAGAAUCGAGGGCUUGGUUGCAGCAACGUCGCAGAGGGUUUUUACCUUGUCGGUGAUUCUGAACUUCGUGUUAACCGAAGGGAAGUACAAUGGGAGCACCAUCACUUUGUUGGGGAGGAACAGCAUCGCACAAAAGAUCAGGGAGAUUCCUGUGAUUGGUGGCACUGGAUUGUUCAGAUUUGCCACGGGAUAUGCAGAGACUAAUACCAUUUUUCUUGAUCCAAAAACGACGGACACCAUUGAAUACAACAUUUAUGUUUCCCACUACUGAUGAGUUAAAUUAACGUAGUGUUUUAGUUACUUAUUCUGUGUCACACUGUUUCGAAUUUCCAUGUUUCCUUCUAGAUUGGGUGUGUGGGAACAUUGUUUACCGGGUUAUAGUGUUAUAUUGUUUUGUUUUUAGUGUUGUGAAGAUAGAAAGAAUUGUAUACCUGAUUAGUACGGUUUGCUCAUGUGAUUCGAAUAUGAAUGUCCAAUAGUAUAUUUUUCAAAUUUUAGAAUACUAGUUAUAUGU